CACGUUGUAGAUUCUAUUUACGCCUAGAAUAUUGACCUAAAUUUGUUUGCUUGGUCCAGCUGAGUGUAUAAACUGGUUACGACAGGUUACUUCUCAUGGGAAUCCUAUCACUCAAAAUAUUUUUCACUUAAAUGCUACAUGAUUUUUCCGAUACAAUCAUAUCAUUUCAGAAUUUGGUCGUGUUACGUGGUUGAAGUGAUUUUUACGUGUAAGUAAAGAUAAAUUCUACUUUAUCGACAGUUGCCUUCAAUAUGAAAAUAACACGUAGAAAAAAACACAUAAAAAGUACGUGAGCUUCCUGUGUGAAAAUUUAGAAUUUCAAGAUGGCGCAACAAUUGGUAGACAAACUUACAAUUACCACAGGAUUUAAUCAGAAUUUUAAUGAACGAUUGUAAUCUCGGGCUUUACGAGUUGCUUACAUUCGACGUCGAAGAUUUACACAACCAUCUAGAGCCAUUUGGAAUAAGUUGGAGCUACGAUAAUCUGUAUGAAAAAACCAAUGUGUGGCGAAAACGAAACAAAAUCGCAAUACAACAAAUUUUGACUGGAGAUACCACGAAUGGAAGUCCGAUUUUAAGUACUAAACGGGAGUUAGAAACUUGCGAAAUACCAGUGUCAGGUUGUUACGUUCUGAGUAACUUCUACUACAAUUUCUCGUACGUUUUCGCGACUCGAAUACUUGCCCGCUCUGGGUCGUCACUUUUGGUCUCCUGGUGGAUAAUUCACUGGGCGGACUUUCAACCCACCUAUGGUCACUGAGUGAAAAUUUAACGAAUAUUUCAAGCAGAAACAAGCAAAGAACUUAGAAAAAACAGUUAAAUUUCGUUACUAGACCAGACAUGUUUAUUUUAAACUGUUUGUAUUAAACACUAUUGUUAGUAAGUGGGGUAAAUUUUACUUGCGCAUAUUGAUGAAAAAUCGUUGCUUCAGCACACCGCGUGCUGUUGGCUGCUGGGCUGGUUGGUCGACUGAAGGGAUGCGAGGGGGCUCCGGAACGAUGAUCGAUGCUCGUUGUUGAAGUUGUCUCCGUGAUGCAACGGACGCAGCGGCGUCCCGCUUCAGGUACAGGAAAUCUCGGAUUUUCAGCCAGUCUUGGCCUGAUGACGAACGGCCGAUGAUUGCUGGAUUUACUGGCGAAUAUUGGCCUAAUGACGAGCAGCCAAUUCACCGGAGGAGUUGCGGGCACGAUGAAUUUCUUCCCACCGGUUGGUUGCAUAGGCUUGAUGUCCCAAAAUGGCGUAAAAGUACCGCCAACGAACGAAAUGGCGUUUUCGAGCACACACGACACUAACUUUGUCGAAUAACUUGCCUUGGUUGGCCACACACAACUUACACCUCCGGGUGAAAUAUUAUCAAGAGAGCGAGAGUCUGUUGUCCGCCCCCUUUUAUCCCUUAACAGUCCGCUUUCCAUCGCAGACCCUCCCUGCCUCGCAUCGCACCGCCCUGUCCUUCUCGCCGUAUCAGAGUUUAAGGGUUUACAAUUUUUUUUAUCGUUUUUGUUUGGGUUGGUGUCAGGGUUGAAUAUAGAAUUUUAUUCUAAUUUUAGAACACAUGCAUUUUGUUUUGUAUACUAACGCUUGUUUCGUUUUACCAAUACAUAUUUUAUUUUAAAUAUAGUUACAUGAAUAUUUAUUUAAUAGAUUUUUAGCAUCAUAUUUUUUUUUUAAUUACGAGAAACGCAAAUUUAAAUAUAUAUAAUAUUAAAGAGAAAAAAUGACGUUUGACCAAAUGAAUCGAAUAUUUACAAACCUUAACUCUAAUGACACCACCCGUGGCUAUUAAGCAAAAAUUAAACAUAACUCAAACAUAAAACUAUGGAGCGUUGACAAAUAAUUUUAGCUUAAACAUUUACUGACAACAAUUUUUACACUUAAACUAUUAACAAUAUAAAUACAUGUAACGAUCUAGCCGACCCAGUGACCAAAGGAUUAUAUUGUGACCGUUGCAAAAAUUGC